ACCAUUUUGCAUUUCUGCUCCCAACCCGUCAACUUCUCCUUAGUGGUAGAGAACAGAGAGAGAUAAGGGAAGAUAAACAGGUAAGAGUAGAUGGGCAAUCUAUUUGGCUGUGUAAAAGUUGAACAAUCAACCGUCGCUAUCAAGGAGAAUUUUGGCAAAUAUGAUCGAGUACUUGAGCCAGGAUGCCACUUUCUACCUUGGUGCCUAGGAAGUCAGCUUGCUGGCCAUAUCACACUCAGGUUACAGCAGCUGGACGUGCGUUGUGAGACCAAGACAAAGGACAACGUUUUUGUCAAUGUUGUUGCCUCUAUACAGUACCGUGCUCUGGCUAACAAAGCGAGUGACGCUUUCUACAAACUUAGCAACCCCAGAACACAAAUUCAGGCCUAUGUUUUUGACGUAAUCAGGGCAAGCGUACCAAAGCUGAAUCUGGAUGAUGCUUUUGAGCAAAAGAAUGAGAUUGCAAGGGCUGUUGAAGAGGAACUUGAAAAGGCCAUGUCUGCUUAUGGUUAUGAGAUAGAGCAGACACUUAUUGUUGAUAUAGAACCAGAUGAACAUGUGAAACGCGCCAUGAAUGAAAUUAAUGCUGCUGCAAGACUGCGGGUAGCUGCUAAUGAGAAAGCAGAAGCCGAGAAGAUUAUACAGAUCAAGCGAGCAGAAGGAGAGGCAGAAGCCAAAUAUCUGUCAGGUGUUGGUGUGGCUAGGCAGCGCCAGGCAAUUGUUGAUGGUCUAAGAGACAGUGUGCUUGGCUUCUCUGUCAAUGUACCAGGCACUACUCCUAAGGAUGUUUUGGACAUGGUCCUCAUAACUCAGUAUUUUGAUACCAUGAAGGAAAUCGGUGCUUCCUCUAAAUCUUCAGCAGUGUUUGUCCCUCACGGCCCUGGCGCUGUUCGCGACAUAGCAACACAAAUCCGAGAUGGGCUGCUCCAAGGAUCCUCUAUUGAGGGAGUUUAGACCUUGAGCUAUAUUUAAGCUGGUUUUAUUUAUAAGUUUGUAUCUGGAUGGACUAUGGACAGAGGUGGUUGUCAAUUUAUACUGCUAAUGUCUAUGGUGUGUGUUUGAUGACAAUUUAUACCGUUCCUACUUCAUCUUUUAAAUAAGUUUACAUGUAAAAGUCUCGCUCAUGUGUGGAAAUAAAAGUUGGAUCCCUCA